AUGAAGUUGAAUAUUGAUGGCUUAUUGGUCUAUUUUCCCUAUGAUUAUAUCUAUCCUGAACAAUACUCAUAUAUGUGUGAGCUCAAGCGAGCUCUUGAUGCAAAGGGCCACUGCGCUUUGGAGAUGCCUUCAGGGACUGGUAAAACUAUAUCCCUAUUAUCUUUAAUUAUAGCAUAUCAAAAGGUUUAUCCGUUGCAUAUCACCAAAUUAAUAUAUUGUUCACGUACAGUACCAGAAAUUGAGAAGGCGUUGGAAGAAAUGAAAAUUCUUCUCGAAUACUACGAGAAACAAACCGGAGAAAAACAGAAAUUUCUUGGACUAGGUCUUAGUGCUCGUAAGAAUCUUUGUAUACACCCAGAGAUCAGCAAAGAACGUGAUGGUAAGGUUGUUGAUGGCAGAUGUCUUGGUUUAACUGCAUCUUAUGUACGUAGAAACCAUCAACAAGAUCGAUCAGUAGAAGUUUGCAGCUUUUUUGAGAAAUUUGAUACAUUUGGUCGAGACUCUGUUUUACCUCCUGGAGUCUAUAACCUGGAUGACUUAAAAGACUUUGGUGCAAAACAAGGAUGGUGUCCUUAUUUUCUUGCUCGGCAUUCAAUCUUGCACGCAAAUGUGGUGGUGUAUAGCUAUUAUUACUUGCUAGAUCCGAAAAUUGCCGAUUUAGUAUCUAAGGAAAUGUCUAAACAAUCUGUAGUGGUCUUCGAUGAAGCUCACAACAUUGAUAACGUUUGCAUUGAAUCUAUGACUGUAAAGAUAUCUAGAAAAACCAUUGAUAGAUGCCAAACCGCCUUAGACGUUAUGGAUAAGAAAGUUAAAAAGAUUAAGGAAACCGAUAAAAAGAAACUUCAAGAAGAAUACCGAAGAUUAGUUGAAGGUAUUUACUUAAUACCGGAUAAAACCAUUGCUUUGUUAAUAGUUCAGCAUGUUGUGCAAGAGACUCCAAUGUCGUUUCUUCAUCACAUUAAGGAGACAGUAUGUAUUGAUAGGAAGCCUUUAAGAUUUUGUUCAGAAAGAUUACAAUCACUUAUGCAUACUUUGGAAAUAAUAAACAAUAGCGAAUUUGCUGCUCUAGCAGCUGCAGCAAGCUUUGCUACGCUUGUUAGUACCUAUUCUAAAGGAUUCACUCUCAUCAUUGAGCCAUUUGAUGAUCGUGCACCCACAAUACCAGAUCCAGUUCUACAUUUUAGUUGCAUGGAUGCAUCUAUAGCUAUAAAGCCGGUAUUUGAUCGUUUUCAAUCCGUAGUUAUAACCUCAGGGACUUUAUCACCUUUAGACAUGUAUCCGAAAAUUCUAAAUUUUCGCCCUGUAUCUAUGUCAUCAUAUACGAUGACAUUGGCGCGUCCAAGUUUAUGCCCAUUAAUUGUUACUAGAGGAAAUGAUCAAGUUACAAUAAGUUCCAAAUUCGAAUCACGCGAAGAUAUUGCUGUCAUGAGAAACUAUGGUAAUCUACUAGCAGAGCUGACCGCUUCUGUACCAGAUGGAGUUGUUUGUUUCUUCCCGAGUUAUACCUAUAUGGAAUCAGUCGUAAGCUUUUGGUGUGACCAGGGUAUUAUGAAUAAUAUUAUUAGAAACAAGCUCUUAUUUAUUGAGACACAAGAUCUGGCUGAGACUGUCUUGGCUUUAGAAAAUUAUUAUAAGGCGUGUGAAAAUGGUCGAGGUGCAGUAUUAUUAUCUGUAGCACGUGGCAAAGUUUCGGAAGGAAUUGACUUUGAUCAUCAUUACGGCCGAGCCGUACUCAUGUUUGGUAUCCCAUAUGUGUAUACACAAAGUCGUAAAUUACGGGCCAGAUUAGAUUAUCUUCGGGAAAAUUAUCAAAUUCGAGAAAAUGAUUUCUUGACCUUCGAUGCAAUGAGACACGCAGCACAGGCAAGUUGUGUUGGUCGAGCAAUCCGAGGAAAAUCAGAUUAUGGUAUAAUGGUAUUUGCAGAUAAGCGCUAUUCAAGACUAGAUAAAAAGGGAAAACUUCCAAAGUGGAUUCAAGAAUAUUUAAAGGAUUCUGUUUGUGAUUUAACAACAGAUGAAGCUGUACAGAUUUCUAAAAAAUUUUUAAGACAAAUGGCUGCUCCUUUCAAUAAGGAAGAUCAACUUGGGCUAUCGCUUUUAACCCUUGAACAGUUAGAAUCUAGAGAAGGCCAAGAAGCUGCAAAACUUGCUCAAAGAAGCUGA